GUGCGGCGAGUUCCCCCAGAGCUCGCGAGCGGGGGUGAAGCACGGGCUCUGCUGCAACAAGUGCCCGGCGCACGGGCCCUGGUGCACCAGCCGCCAGCAGCCAAAGGCGAAUGCAUCCGCGGCCGCUGGCAGCCAGGUGCGCCCUGUUUCGCAGGCAGCGGCUGCGGCAGGGUCUGCAGCCCCUGCAGCGGCCAGAGAGGAAGCGCUGGCGGACGCGGAGGCCACGGGAGACAGGGCGGCCGCCGCUGCGGUGCGGGCGGAGAUGGCAGGCGGCUGUCCCAGCCCGGCCGCCGCGGCGGCCGUUGGCCUCAAGGAGGUCAGCCCCUGGGGCUCCGUCUCGGCCCUGGCGGACCCCACGCAGGCCAGCCCCGCCAGGCCGAGGCCUCUGCCCCCCGGGCGGCCCUGGCGCAUCCGCAACCUCUCCGCCGAGCGCUGGCACGCGGAGGCGGAGCCGGCGUUCCUGCAGGCCCGGCGCGCGCUGGACGUCGCACGCGCCGACAGUUUCGAAGCGGAGGCGGCGUGGAAGGGCAGCGCUGGUGGGCUCGCCGUGGGCGGCCAGGCGGCGAUGAGCGUGGAGGCGCGGCGGACGGCGCUGGAGCGCUACGAGAAGGACCUGGUCGAGGCCCGUGCGGCGCUCAAGGCGGCCACGGGCAAGCAGGAGAUCUUCCGCGCCCACACCCGCUGCGAGCAGCUGCGCAGCCGCGUCGAGCGCGAGCGCGCGGCGGUGGACCUCGCGGAGGGGCUGACGGAUCGGGACACCCGGCGCAAAGCGUGCGCCGAGGCCGUGCUGAAGGCGCAAGCGGCCUUGGAGGCCGCGGCCGGCACCAUGCAGGGGCUGGAGGCGGAGCUGCGGGCCGCGGCGCAGCGAGCGGAGCGCCUCUCGGCGCCAUUCGUCGCCGUCCGCGGGCCCAGGGAGCAGCUCGCCGAGGCCCAGGCGCUCGCCUCCGUCGCCAGCCUGUUGCACGCCGAAUGGUGUGUGGGCCUCGAGGAGGGAGGCCCGGACAUCCCAACGGCUGGCAGGGCCCGCCCCUCGGACGGCGAUUCGGUGCUCACGCUGGCGGAGCUGGCCAGCGCGCUGGCGCAGGGCCCUCGCGAGGAGCUUGCAGUGCUGCGCCUGGAAGAGGAGGCAUCAUGGCCAGAGCUCGACUCGGCGCUGUGCGGUGAGCGCACGCUUCGAUUUGGCUGGUUCGGGUUGAGUCGCGGUGUCAUGAAGGUGGUUCGGUCUGGGCUCACGGGGUCCUUCAAGUGCAGCGUGUCGGCCGCAGGCUCCAGGCAGGAGUCGUGCGAGGCCCGUCCGCAGUUGGAGGCUGCCGACGCUGUGGGCGCGACGCUACCAGCAGCCAAGUUACUGGCACCCCCGGCCGCGCCUGCCGCACCCGUGUCGGCUUCGUCGGCGGCUUCGAGGGUCCCUCGCGCGCACUACGUGCGGCUAACCCCAGCGCUGGCGACCGAGCUGGCGCGGCGCGCCAGCGAGGAGCUCCCAGCACCACCGCUCGGGCUGGAGCUGUUGAGGGCCUGGCUGGGCCUUCGGAAGGGCGUGCGCCUGGAAGCAGAGGUGGGCAAGGCAUUAGAGCGGCUGCUGCGGCCGCAGGAGCUGGAUGCGCCCGAGGGCCUGCGGACCACGCUGCGGCCUUACCAGCUGCGGGGAUUCCGCUGGUUGGCCAGCAUCGCCUCCAGCGGCCUCGGUUGCGUGCUGGCGGACGACAUGGGCCUGGGCAAGACCGUGCAGGUACUGGCGCUCUUGCUGCACCUGCAGAAGGCAGGUGUGCUGGAGAGGCCCGCCUUGGUGGUGGCCCCGCUGAGUGUGCUGGGAAACUGGGAGGCAGAGCUGGCCCGCUGGGCACCCUCACUACGGUGCUGCGUUUACCACCAGCUGCCCAGGGAGUUGCCGCAGAAUUGCGAGCGCAUGGUCCAAGCCCCGCCAAUCGAGGACCCCGCGGCGCCUCGGGCUAUCGCCGCUCCCUCCAUCGCCACGGCGCCCGACGCCGAUGUGGUGCUCACGACGUACACCGUCGUUCAGCGCGACGUGGACGCGUUGUGCAGGGAGGCCCGCUUCUCGGCAGUCAUCCUGGACGAGAGCCAGGCGAUCAAGAACCGGGGCAGCCAGACGGCGUGCGCGGUGAAGAGAGUGGCCGCAGAAGCCGCGGGCUCCGUGCGCGUGGCCAUCUCGGGCACGCCCGUGGAGAACAGGUUAGCGGAGCUUCAUUCCAUCCUGGACUUCGCUCUUCCGGGCUACUUGGGCUCCAGCGAGGCCUUUGAGGUGGAGUUCGCCCGCCCGCUGGAGCGCGGGGUGGAACUCGAGCAGAAGCGAGAGGAGAUCCGUGACCGACUCCUGGCCGCCAUCGGCCCUUUCCUGCUGCGGCGCUGCAAAUACGAUCCCGCGAUAGUGCCAGAUCUGCCGCAGAAGAUAGAGAUGCUGCACCAUGUCGAGCUCACCGCGCCUCAGAGGAGACUCUACGAGGCGGUGCAGAAGGCGUCCCUCUCCCGCGUGGCCGAGCUGGACGGCCGAGGAGCCGAGGUGUUGGCCGCGGCCUCGGCCGCGGACUGCAGCGCAAGCGGACUCGACGACCUGGGAGUGGACACCAGCGAUGCCUCGGAGGAGCCAGCCCUCGACGCACAGGCCUCCGCGGGCAGCGCGCGGGAGCGCUUCGGUCGUGCCGCGCGCGUGCUGCAGAUGCUCCACGGGCUGCAGCAGGCUUGCAAUCAUCCCGCCGCCGUGGGCCCGAAGAGUUGGCCUGAGGGCCUGGAUCACAAGGAGCACGGAUUCCGCGCGGCCGCAGCGAACAGCGGCAAGGUGGCCCGCCUGUUGGAGAUAUUGUCAGAAGUUUGGGACCCACCGCGGGAGAAGGCCCUCGUGUUUACGCAGUACCGAGACACGGCCCAGCUGCUACAGGGGAUGCUGUUGGCGGCGCAUCCCACCGCUGGAGUGCUAUUGCUCACAGGUAACGUGCCGCGGGGGCAGCGCGACGAACUCGUGCGCCAGUUCCAGGAGGACGUAGGCAGUUGGGUGUUAAUAUGCACUUUAGGUGUCGGCGGAGUUGGCCUCAACCUCACUGCCGCGACUCACGUCGUGCACUUCGACCGCUGCUGGAACCCGGCCAAGGAAGCUCAGGCAACCGACCGGGCUCACCGCAUUGGCCAGCAGCACAUUGUAACGGUGCACAGGUUGAUCUCCUUGGGCACUCUCGAAGAACGGUUGCACAAAGAACUUGCGCGCAAGGCUGCGCUUGCAAGCGAGGUGAUCCCGCAGGACACGGAUAUGACCCGAGCGCUGGCCGAUUACUCCGUGAACGAGUUACGAGAGCUCGUCGCCUUGAG